AUGUUUUUAUUAAUUUUAAAAAUAUUUGAUUUAUUUCGUUAGAAUAGAGGCAAAGAGAAAUUCGAUUGCUUGAAAUUGAAAUAUCGAUCAAAUGCUCCUAUAGAAAUAUUCAAUGACGAAGUAAGAAUAAAAUAGGUGAUAAUUAAUUUAAUUGGAAAUUCAUUCGAAUUCGCAGUAGAAGGGAGUAUAACAGUAAGUGUUAGAGAUCAAAUGAUGGAACUUUGGAGAUUCAAUAUCAAAUACCGGCUUAAGAAUUCAAAAAGAGGAUAAAAAGAUAUUUAUCAAGGCAUUUGGUAGAUUGGAGGAUGAUGAAAAAAAUUAAUUCAAAUAGAUCAGAUGUGGAUUAUGAUUAUUAAUAAGUAAUAUGAUAUGUGAGUCUCUUUCAACCAAUAAGGCUGGCAUAAAAAUAGAUUUGGAAUUUUAUUGAGACAGUUCUUUUUCAUUCGAAAUAGAUUUAUAAGACUGAAUUUGGCACUUCGUUAUUUGUGACAACGAGAGUAAUAAUGAGGAAGACAAUCUAGUGGACGAUGAAACCUAGCCUCAGACCUAACGUAUUAAUUCAAAUCAAGCAUUUAGAUAGAGAGAAUUAUAUUUAUUGAUGAUAAUCAAUCUAAUACUGAAGUUUUGAUAAGGCUAUUUAAUAAAAAGGGAAUAAAUAAAAUUGACUAUUCAAAUUAUUGUUAAAUGCCUUAAAAGUUUUAGAUGAGUGGAAUAAGAAUCAUAUAUGUUAUAGAGUUAUUCUCUUACAGAUUGAAAUGCCUAUUAUUGAUGGUCUCAGCACAUCCAAGAUGCUUAAAUAGUAUGUGUAUGACACGAUGGCUAUGA